GCCGCUGUUGUGGGGCCGGUGGGCGGGGCGGGACGCGCCGAGGCUUCGUCCUACUCCCGGCCCGCCCGCGGGGGCUCAGCCUUCCUCAGCAACGGGCGGCGGCUGCAGAGCGUGCGAGCUAGCGGUUGCUUCUCCGAAUCGCCGCCUGCAGGCUCCGGCCGGCGUCGGCAUGGCCCGUGGAAAUCAAAGAGAACUUGCCCGCCAGAAAAAUAUGAAAAAAACCCAGGAAAUUAGCAAAGGAAAAAGAAAAGAGGAUAGCUUGACCACCUCUCAGAGAAAGCAGAGGGACUCUGAGAUCAUGCAACAAAAGCAGAAGGCAGCCAAUGAGAAGAAGUCUAUGCAGACAAGAGAAAAAUGAUGACUGGCAUUUUUGAAAACCUGGGUGCUGUUGCCAACAAGAUGCAUCAUAAGCUCUAAGAUCAAACUUUCUUAGAAUGGCCGAUCAUCACCUGUGUUAUAACUGAUUCUUAUAACACUGUCUAUUUUAAACUUUACUUUUCAGCCUUACUUGGUGUGAUGUUUUAGAAUCAUUCUUCAAAGAAUAAAACACUGACCAUGCAUGUAA